UGCAUUAAACAUGCUGCAUUUAAUUAUUUAAAAACGCUAUCGGCUUUCUGAUUCCCUUCUCUUCCGAUAAUCAUUCAGUUGCUAUAUCAGUCCCGCCACUAAUCCAUCAUUAAUCAUAACGUUGUGUAAAACACAACCCCCCAAAACACACACAACGCACACACACACACACACAACAGUUUACCAGCCCCUGUAAAAAGUUUGUGAAAGUGGCCUGACGUCACACUCCCAUAAUGCUCGCGCGCCCCAUAACUCCGCUGCUGCAGCCUGAGGAGCGCGAGACACUCAGGCCCCGAAAAAAGAAAAAUUAGAGAAAAAAUUGGAAAAAAUAAUAAAACAACAGAUCAAGAGGAGAAAGACCAGGAACGGUGGCGUGGGGCUCCCACGGGCGAAGACAAUGAUAAGCACUAUUGCAACCUACUCGGCUCCAGUCAUGGCAGGUGGAACCGGAUGAGAACGUAAAGGUAAAAGAGAAAGACAGAAAAGCACUUACAUUUCUUUUGGGAGACACGUUGUCACCACAUAUAAGGAUAUUGGACAAUCCAGGAUCCUCAAACGCAGCUGUGAUAUCAUACCGGAGCCUAAAAGGCAGGGCAGCCACGGCCGUGUUUCAAUGGCAACGCCUCCCUAGGGCUGCCAUGGCCGCAGCCGAUGCCCCACAUCACAUUGCCACACUGACGCUGGAGGACGAAAAUCGCCGAGCUGCCACCAAAGUGUUUGGAGGUCCCACUGCAGGGAGGACGGAGAGAGAGUUAGAGACCGAGAGAGAGAAGGAAGGGAGAGGCAGUGGGAACGAGUGUUUGGUGUGCGGUACCCUCUUCAGUUCACAGGAUAAGCUUCGGCUCCACGCUUUCUGUCACACGGGAGAAAAACCUUUCCACUGUUCUCAGCCUCACUGUCUCAAGGCCUUCAGCUCCAAAUAUAAGCUCUUUAGGCAUAUGGCCACACACUCCCCGCAGAAGACUCACCAGUGCUCAUUUUGUGAGAAGAUGUUUCACCGUAAAGAUCACCUUAAAAACCACCUCCAGACUCACGACCCCAACAAAGAGGCCUUUAAGUGUGAAGAGUGCGGCAAACACUAUAACACAAAGCUGGGUUACAAACGCCACAUGGCCAUGCACUCGGCCACCGCCGGUGACCUCACCUGUAAAGUUUGCUUGCAAAGCUACGAGAGCACGCCUGCACUCCUGGAGCACCUGAAGAGCCACUCCGGCAAGUCUUCAGGUGGCACCAAGGAAAAGAAACAUCCAUGUGACCACUGCGAUCGACGCUUCUACACGCGAAAAGAUGUUCGGCGACACAUGGUGGUACACACGGGCCGAAAAGACUUCCUGUGCCAGUACUGUGCGCAGCGUUUUGGGCGGAAGGACCAUCUGACGCGGCACGUCAAGAAGAGCCACUCGCAGGAGCUGCUGAAGAUCAAGACAGAACCGCCGGAUAUGUUGGGUCUGCUUGGAACUGGUUCUCCAACAUGUGCUGUGAAAGAAGAAUUAAGUCCUAUGAUGUGUAGUAUGGGACCUACCAAGGACUCGAUGAUGGCAAAGCCUUUCCCAGGUGCCACCCCAUUUCCAAUGGGCAUGUACAACCCUCAUCAUCUCCAGGCUAUGUCCAACCCGGCUGUGGGUCACCAUCAUUCACUUGUUCCUGGGUCUUUAUCCAGUGCCAUGGGGAUGGGUUGCCAUAUGGAACCUCCUUCAUCACUGCAUCACCAUCACCCACAUCAUCAUCACCAUCAUCAUCACCCCCACCAUCACCACCACUCCUCGCCUCCACCCUCGCACCAGCAGCAGCCUUCCAGCUUGUCAAACCAGCAACAACAGCACCCGCAGCAGCCCCCGAAGUACCAGCUCGGAUCUACCUCAUACCUGCUGGAGAAGCAAUUGAAGGUGGAGAUGGACAGUUUUUUGAUGGAUCUACAGAGUGGGCUUCCAGUUGCUCCUCCUCCAUCAGCCGACCCCCACUCUGCGGCUUCAUCCAACAAGGAGGGCUUGGAACCUCCGGAUGACCUUUGCGGGGACCCCCUCAUGUCCAAGAGCCCCGCAGUCAUUGAGUCUUUGUGUGCUGCUAACAUGGACUUCUCUCAUCUACUGGGCUUUCUUCCACUCAAUCUGCCACCCUACAGCGCCCCCAUGAGUUCAGGUGGACUGGUCAUGGGAUACUCCACUUCCUCAACUGUUUCUUCUUCCUCGUCGUCGUCAGCGUCUUCGCACGCUGCCGAAUCACACGCUGCCACGUUAACAGCUGCGGUGCCUCUUACCUCGUUGCAACCUCAACCUCAGGAGCAACCAGGCUCCGGUGGGGGUCUCGGUCUUGGGCCUCUGCACCCGCUCCCACCAGUGUUCAGCUCCAGCCUUAGUGCGACCACUCUGCCUCGCUUUCACCAGGCCUUUCAAUGAGGUUUCUCACCUCAACCUAGCCCGUCAAGCGGCUCAGGGAGCUUAAGUGCUCCCCCUAGGGGUGGGGCGGUAGAACACUUGAACGCAUAGAAGCCUUAAAAAAGCGCACAACAGCUUUUGAAUGAGCCUGGAGGAAAAUGCAUAGGAAAUAUGGAGCUUUUAUUUAGGCUGUCUGAAGUUUAGCUAUUAAUUUUUAAAUACCCCGUUUUGAACCUCUCCCAACAUCCCCUCCCCUACAAUUUGGUAGUUAGACAGCAGCAUCCUUAGGCCUUACGGCAUGGUACUGCAUACUUUAUAAAGUAAUAAUACUAGUAAAAUAUGAAAAGAUUAAUGUAGAAAAGAUGAUCUGUCUUUGAGACUCUGAAAAACUAGUUUGAAGUGAUAUAUGAAUUUCUUUUUCUGACUUGCUAUAUUGUCUCUACUUAGUGUAAAACAGGCGAUAGUUGUUUGCCCUUAAACUAAAACCGUCUUCGUUGCCAGGUGUGGAAGAAUUAGAGAAGGAAUUACGGAGUAAAAUAGUCCGAAUUUUGUUUGCUUUGGCAAAAUGGCACAAAAGUUCAAAUCACUUGACAGGCUACCCUGCUGAAAACACCCAUUUUAAACCAGCGUUUCUGGUUUUAGGUGGUCUCUCAUUGUAACUAGGUAAGACCAGCUUAAACUAACCAACACCAGCAAGUUUGCAAAGCUGGUUUAAGCUCUUAAGCUAUGUCAAUAUACUUUAAAGGACUUGACAUUUGCAAAGCCGUUUCAAAUUGAAUUCUACAUUGUAUCUCAUUAGAUGAAAAAUCAUCUAAAAAUUAAGCGUUCUUCCAGUUUAGCAUUUUUUGUAUCGGACUGUUUAUUCGAGCUCAUCUGAAAGAGAAACAUAGCAAUUGAAUGGCAUAAAACUGCACGAUUUGAUCAUUUGGUACAAAGUGACCACUGACAGAACUAAAAGCAAAUUCUACAGGUUUACAGUUUUUCUAAAAAGAAGCACUUUGUUUACAGCAGAAGGCACUUGACUUAUUUGGGUAACCAUGGUGACCCACUGAAAUCACCUCCUUUUAUCCACAACCUUCACACUUCCUGAAAAGAGACAUAUCAAGUCUGAAAAUCUCUUUAAAUAGUAACUUUAAAAUACUCCACAUCAUUUCUUUCAAUGUGGUUUCUACUCCUUCUAGCACUAAGUCUCCAUGGCAACAAUAUCUCACUUCCACAUCCUGCCCACCCGAUCACAACAUACAGUAUAUUUGAAAAGCAAAAAAUAUAUAUAUUUUGUAACUUAGGCAGGUUUUAUUUUAGAGAGAGAGAGAGAUACAUUGUAACGAUAACCCUGGUAUAUGUGAAUGGAAAAAAGAUAAAAACAAGAAUAUUUUUUGCAGUGUACGAAGUACCACAUCAAAAAUAUAUCAUAAUGGCUUUUUUCAGUAAAUUUUGUAUUUUAGAUAGUCGUAUUAAAAUUGCUGAUGGUCGAGCAGGUUUACAUGAUUGUGUAUCUUGCGUAAUAUCGAUAAAAAAUGGAUGAAGUAUUAGCUUUUCCCUAUAGCUUUCUCCUAUCCUUGUUUUCUGUGCAAGUCGACGAAAAUAAACAAGGUGAAAAUUUACCUAAAUAUAAUAGGACUAAUAGUGGCAUAAUCCGUUAGAAUGGACUAGACUUUAAUCUUAUUUUUAGAAGAUAAUGUGAUCCAGGUUUCAGUUUGUAUUGUUUAUCUACAGUAUUCUCAAUCAGAAGUGACUGAUAGCUGUCUGUUGGUGUGUAUAGUGGUACAGUUUCGGCCUUUGCUAUGAUCAUUUGCUCCAUGAAUGUGUGUAUCACUGAAACCCGGACCCGAUCAUGAUUGCAAUGUUUUAGAAUGAGGUGUAGUGAUGUUAAUAUUACAAAAAACAGGAAUAUAUUACAGAUAUAUAUAUAUAUUCACAAGUUGCCAUUUUUCAGCAAGUGGACUGCACAAGUGUUUACCAAAUAAUCAUUCAUUACCAAUGGCCAUGCGAAGAUGAAUUGUAUAGGGGAAAAGCGAUAAAUGAUCAAUGUAUACGCAGUGAAGCCGUGCCUGAACUCAUUUUGCUCCAAAUUAUCCCUUUUGUUGAAUCUAUUCAUUGAUGAGUAUCUCUGUCUAUAGUGAAUGUGAAUUUAUAACAAGCAGAAGAAAAUAGAAAGGUUAAACAAAUUUAAGGUGACAAAGCUAAGGAAAGACAAAACAAUAUUAUGCUGCUUUUGUGCUAUGGUUGCCAGCAACUGUAGAGCACUCUGGAAAUGUUUCAACUUCAAAUGAUCUUUUAGCGGAAAUCAUGCACAGUAGUACACGUGAACCGUUCGUCCGUUUUCUCUCUGUUCUUCAGCUGCUUUGAUUCAAAUGAACAUUUUUAUAAAAGAGACAGUUUCCAGAAUAAAGAAGUCACCAGCCUGCUCUUUGACAUUCAAAACGUGGGACGUUUGAUUGGGAUAUUGCCUAGUCGUUUUGUCAUUAUAUUAUUUUCUGUUUGUUGAAACAGGACCUCAAAACAACACAACGCAUCACCUCAUUUAUUUGUUUGUUUUUUUCAUACCAAAACCCUGGGGAGAAGAAACUUCUUCUUGCCUAACCCUAAACUAUAAGGAAUAAUCGAAAUGGCCUUGUUUAUAUAGUAAGUUUGAUUUCUUUUAUAAUACUUUCAGAAGAAAGCCAAACACAUGUUGUUAUUAAAGCCUUACUCCAGCCAAAUAUCAAAAUUACCCUAUUAUUUACUCACCCUCAAGCAAUUUGAGAUACACAUAUCCAUCAACUUGAACACAUUUGGAGUUAUUUUAGUAAUGUCUUUACUCUUCCAAGCUUUAUAGAGGGUAUGCAUUGACAUCACUUUUCCACGUGACCAAGCCCUGUUGAGUGGCAAAACAUUGUGUUUUUGCAGUCUGGAUAAAAAACGCUAAACAUUUUUGUGGAAUCUGACAGUCCGAACAGUCGAUCACACAACUACUUUUCCCAUUUUAGACAUGUUUUUCACGCUAUGCUAAUGCUGUCGCUCAGACUUUUUGCCCCUCUGUGGGCGUAACCGCAGCCACUUUCGCCAAACGGUGACGUCACCCUCUAUAGCGGUAGACAACGAUGCCAUCUUGGACUCACACGAUUCACGAGCCACUGGGCACCAAUAUGGCUCACUAUGCUAAAACUCCUGGGGCCUCAUUAAUCAACAUUGCGUAGAAAAUUAUUAUUAUCUAUAUUAUUAUCUAUAUUUUUACCUACGAAUGAAAUUUAGUAUGUGCGUAAGUAAAAAAAAAUGGGAUUUAUGAAACCUGCGCACGUGGUUCGUACGCACAUCAGCAUAUGUUCUUAAGCACCAUGCUCGUGCACGUUCAUGGUCAUUUGCAUUCCGAAACACCUCCAAUGAACCAUAUAUGGUGAGAACACCUCCCGUUAUAAGUCACGUGGUUGUGCUUUUUCCCUCAACGCAAUAAUGGCAAAGAGAGCGAAAAAGAGGAACUUUACAGACACAGAAAUUGAGUUACUGGUGGAUGAGGUUAAAUCCUAAUAACACAUCCUGUUUGGUUCACUUAGUGCGGGAGGAAUGACUAACAAAAGAAAACAAAUUUGCAUGGGAACAUGUUACCAGUGAGUUUAAUUCCAUUGGGUACAGUAUGAGAACACUUGUAGAAAUAAAAAGUGUUUUGACAUUAAAUUAACAGAAAAAAAAAAACGCGUCACAGCACACCGACGUGAAAUCAGUGCAACUGUAGGAGGACAGACAAUGACAGAACUUUCCACCUUGGACAGCCGCAUAUAACCAGCAUCAUCGGCGCAAUCUUUGAAAACGCGCUCCCGGCGGAAUGGAUGAUUUGCCAAGUCUUCCAAUAAUGCAAGAUAAGCCAUUGCACUGUGUCAAGCAUUUGACAGAGCUUUUAUUUAUAUAAAUCAUUAACUUCAACACUGGUUUGCUGUUACUAUAUUAACAAAUCGUUUUUAACACCUGCUUGUGGAUAAUAAAUAAACACUUCUUCACCCACUGGGAAUGAUCCUGUGUAGUAUCGCUAUUCUACCACUAGAUUCUGUGCGCAAGCAUGCUCUGAGGUGUGCUUAUAUUUACACACAUUUCUACGUAUAAGUGCAAUUUGAUAAAUUCCACACUUUGCGUAAAACUGUUUCUACGCACACUUUACGCACACUUCUGUUCAUACGCACGCUUGAUAAAUGAGGCCCCUGAAUCGCUUGAGUCAAAGAUGGUGUCUUUAUCAAAAGCUAGUUUUAAAGUUUGAAAUAUGGAUAUUUUUCUUACAAAAUUACAUCGAUUGCCCACAAAGGACCUUUAUUAACCCAUUGGAGCCUUGUGGAUUACUUCUGUGAAGGAUGAAUGCACUUUUUUGGGGUUUAAAGUCAGAAGUUUUUUCCUGAUCCCUGUUUUUACACAUUAUAAGCUUGGAAGAGUAAGGACAUUUACUAAAAUUACUCUAAAUGUGCUCGUCUGAAACUUGAUUUACAUGUGUAUCUCGGAUUGCUUGAGGGUGAGUAAAUCGUGGUAAUUUUGAGUUUUGCUUUAAGUUGUUCUAAAUUCUAAUAUUAGGCUUUACAUUGAUUUUAAUAUGUUUUAAGACAUUGGGAAUGCUUAUGGAUAGAGUGAUUUAUUUUCCCUAUUAUUUCCCAAUGCCCACAUAAAUUGAAUUAAAAACACUUAAAGUGAUUUGAACUGAAUUUGUGUUCAUAUUUUUGGAAAUAUAAAAUAUUUCACAACAUUUCAAAAAAAUUUGGCUCGAACUUUAUCAACGUUCGGCUAUUAAAGCAUUUAUUUGUAUUUAUUUUAAAGACAUAUGAGACAUGUCUAAAGUAAAUGGCUUUGGCAAUUUUUGAGUUUGUCCUCCCCGGGUUUUCUGUGAGCUGAUCUGAAUUCUAGCACUUUUAAACCUUUUAAAGAGUAUUUUUCAGCCUUGUAUGUUUGUAUGUUUUUAAUUUUGUAUUUGAUCGUGUAUGUGCCAUUAGUUUGAUGUGUAGAGUUUAUUCAUCAUCUUCAUGUAAUUGUUUUUUCCUCCUUUUCCAAAAGAGUAACAGUAUUUUUUUUUCACUAAUAUUAGCUGCAUUACCCUUACCCCGCUUUGUCUUUUCAUACAUUUGAGGAAGUCAUUUAGAUCAUGCUCAUAAAGAAAUGCCUGGGAAUAGUUCUCACUUCUCUUAUAAACUGUGAAACAGAAAACCCACUGCCACAAAAAAAAACAGCUAAACCUCGUCCAUCUCCAGCUAUGAUGGUGUUUUGAUCAACAUGCUGGGAGGCUAAACUGGUUUAUUAGAAAUCACUCCCUGUCCCCAAAAAGCACUUUUGGUUUAAAUGAAGUUUAACAUAAUAACUACCUGGAUUGGUGGAGCUCAGAAUCUCAUUUACAGUUUUUUCUGGCAAGUUAUCAGGGUAUUUUUACGUCACACGGUGAGGGCAGAUUAACCAAGUUAACGUAACAUUUUCCUCUUUUGUAUCUGCUAGGGAUGCACUUGCCCAAAUAAGUUGGUUGCAAACAAAAACAUUAAGGGAAAUUUUAAAAGGUAACCAACCUAAAAUAAAUCUGAUUAUUUUUUUAAAUAAACUAUUAAAUAAAUAAUGCUCUUUCUGCUUAUAGUGAGUAAAUGGGUACUGUUUGCGUAGGACAAAAUCCACUUGUAGUUUUAUAUAUUUUAGCUUAAUGUAAGUACUGCAUUCCAAGCUUUCUAUGUAACUUGUUUAGCAACAUAGUCCUUUUAUUUUUAGUACUUGCUUAUUACCACGACUUCUGGAGGAAAGGGUGAAAAAUGGAAAGAUUCAUUCUUACACUAUUUUAUAAAACACAAAUGAUCAUUGACGGGAUGAACUGUACAAAAAUAAAGAUGACAAACAGUCCGCUUGUAGUUACAGUUCACCUGCAGUCAGUUACAGCAUUGUAAAGUUGACAGAUUUGUAUAUUGGUUGAUCCAAAGAGAUGACAUUACAACAAACCUAUUUACUUAUUGUACAGUACAUUGUACCAUUUGACUUGUUAUGUGUUAUGUUAAAAUGAUUAAAAGACAAACCCACGGUU